UGCAAGUCGUCAACAUGUACAAAACGUACGGCACUCCGUGGGAUGAUGAGAGCGACGACAAGACUUCUCUUAACUCCUCUUUUUGGUCUGAUGGAGAGCGUCAAGAGGAGGAGGUGGAGGAGGAGGAGGUGGAGGAGAUUGAGCGAGUGAUCGGCAAGAAAGAGUCCACACCUGUUGGUAAAACCGAGGACUCUUACCAGGAGGCUUCAGAGAAGAUAAUCGGCGAAGAGAAGUCCAAACCUGUUAGUGAUGCAGAAGACUCUUACCAAGAGGCUAUAGAGGAAGAAGAGUCCCAACCUGCUGGUUAUUCAGAGGACUCUUACCAGGAGGCUUCAGAGGAGGAAGAGUCCAAACCUGUUGACGAUGCAGAAGACUCUGACCAAGAGGCUUCAGGGAAGGUGGAGAUUAAGCGAGUGAUUGGCAAGGACGAGUCUAAACCUCUUGGCGAUGCAGAAGACUCUUACCAGGAGACUUCAGAGGAGGAAGAGGAGGAGAUUGGGCGAGUGAUCAGCGAGGAAGAGUCCUAUCCUGUUGGGGAUGCAGAAGACUCUUACUCGGAGGCUUCAGACGAUGAGAUUGAGCAAGUGAUCAGUGAGGAAGAGUCCAAACUUGCUGGCGAUUCAGAAGACUCUUACCAGGAGACUUCAGAGGAGGAAGAGGAGGAGAUUGGGCGAGUGAUCAGCGAGGAAGAGUCCAAUCCUGUUGGGGAUGCAGAAGACUCUUACUCGGAGGCUUCAGACGAGGAAGAGUCCAAACCUGUUGACGAUGCAGAGGACUUUUGCCAGGAGGCUUCAGAGAAGGUGGAGAUUAAGCGAGUGAUUGGCAAGGAUGAGUCUAACCCUCUUGGCAAUGCGGAAGACUCUUACCAGGAGACUUCAGAGGAGGAAGAGGAGGAGAUUGGGCGAGUGAUCAGCGAGGAAGAGUCCAAACUUGCUGGCGAUUCAGAAGACUCUUACCAGGAAACUUCAGAGGAGGAAGAGGAGGAGAUUGAGCGAGUGAUCAGCGAGGAAAAGUCUAAUCCUGUUGGCGAUGCAGACGACUCCUACUCGGAGGCUUCAGAGGAGGAAGAGUCCAAACCUGUUGGUGAUUUAGAGGACUUUUACCAGGAGGGUUCAGAGGAGGAAGAGUCCAAACCUGUAGGUGAUUUAGAGGACUUUUACCAGGAGGGUUCAGAGGAGGAAGAGUCCAAACCUGUUGGUGAUUUAGAGGACUUUUACCAGGAGGGUUCAGAGGAGGAAGAGUCCAAACCUGUUGGCGAUGCAGAAGACCCUCAUAAGGAGGCUUCAGAGGAGGAAAAGCCUAAACUGCACAACCAGGUCAACGUCAGCAGGGAUACUUUGGAAGGUGGAAGCCACCGUGAUGAUGAAGAAAGCUGUAGCAGCAGUUCCGAUAGUCCAGCUCAGAGUCUGAUGACGUCUGGCUACGGCACGUACAGACCAGAGGAGCAGGAGGGAGGAGACUACAGAGACGACCACACCAUAACCGAGUUUGAUCAAGACAGUCGGGGAGAUCUGUCUGAGGUAAGAGACGACGAAGACGACGACCGUUCGCUGCGCAGCUUUGCCGGGUUUGACGUGGAAGCCACGGUGCCAGGCUACAUCGAGACGUGUCCACCGGGCGUGUUAGCGGACGCCGAGCCUGAAGCUAACGUGGCGCGUUGUGCAAACGAUGAUUUGCACAAAGUGGUGGACAUCGCAGACGUGAAACCAGGAGAAGAUAACGACCAGACCGAUGGGAAAUCUGGAGAUGUACGUGCGGCGUCCAACAAUGAAGUAACCAAUGCAACAUCAGAGGAACGCCAAUAUUACAGCGACGUAGUUGAAGACCAUUCAGAUGGGAAUCAUUUGGAAGGUGGGUGUGAUGACGAAGGGGGAGAACAAUAUGAAAGGCUAGAGGAAGAGGUGCAGGACCCUAAAGAAGAGAAAGCCGGUGAGGACAAAGUGGAGUCGGAGGAUCCAGACGAGUCUUCAAGCAGCGAGGACAUCAAGUUUAUCGACUCCAAAGUGGAUUUCAGACGAAUGACGUUGGACAAGAUGUGUGAGUGGGAAGGAAACCUCAGACAGAAGGAGGAUGCAGCGAGCUGUCUGGAGGAGCGACUCGCCGAUCUUCGGUUGUCCUCGUCGCCUCAGCGCGACUUUGAGACUGAGCACGACGACGUCACCAGUCCGAGUGAGACCCGGGCCUCGGAGACAGAGGGACUCUCUUUCAGCGCCUUUGAAUCCUACAUAAGAGGCAUGACUCGAAGUCAAAGUGAUGGCGACCUCAGGCCCAAACCCAAAUCCUUCAUCCGACCAGUAAUGAGUCAGCAAACCAUAAAGAAGACAGACCCGGUGGCCAAGUAUUUCCAGUAUAAGCAGCUCUGGGAAAUGUUUAAACUUCCAGGAGAAAAGGACAGGAGAGAUCUCCGCUGGGAGAUAAGGGAACGACUUGCAUACCAGCCUCCACCACCUAAACCUCGGAGGGUCUAUGUGCCGAACACCUACAUCGUGCCAACCGAGAAGAAGCGCUCGGCCCUCCGUUGGGAGAUCAGGAACGAUUUGGCUAACGGUCUACCUCCACACAAAUUCAGUCAUCGAUUUUAGGCCUUUUACUCUCCAUGUGCCUUUU